AUGCACCAGAAGAGCAGGAACAGCUUCCUUUGCAGCAGCUGCAACAAGCUCAGCACUUUUCUCUGCCGCCUGGACCUGCCGGACUCGUUUCGGCAGCUCGGCAGCGACGAGAUCUGUGCUUUCUACAGCAAUGUCGCGAAGAUGACAUGUCCGGAUGGCAAGCUCUGCCUGCAGAAGGUUUCGACGCAGGUCAACUUGGCCCUGGAGACGUCCGUCCAGAGCAGCUCAGCCUCCAGCGUGGGAUCUGACUAUCUGCCGCUGAGCGUCUGGGCUUUCCAAGGCUGGGACCCAAAGACCGUGGAGGCGGCAGGGAUCGUCAAGGAUGAUCCGAAGCUCGGCAAGGUCUACAAGUUGGACAUCUUGAAUGAGACUAGGACGGAGAAGCAGUCCAUCAAAAGAAAAGAAGGCACGACCGUGACGCUUCGUGCGAAGAAGACCAAGCGGAGCCGACCAAGUGGGGAAGAGGCAGUGGAGCUGGUUUCUUCCGACGACGAAGAGAAGGAAAACAAGGAGGACAAGGAAAGCAAGAAGCAGCGCAAGCUUCGGGAGAAGAAGCAGUUGAAGAGCUUUAAGAAGGACACGGCCACGGCGUCCCAAGCAGUGUCCUUGCUGAGCCCCUUGCUGCUGCAGGUGACCGACACCGGCAAGAAGGCCAAGGCCGAGGCGCUGCUUGCGGAAGCGAAGGAGUUCUUGAACAGCGGGGCCCUGGACAAGACCCUGUCUUUCGAGAAAGCACACGUCCUGACCGAGGCGAGUCUUCUGCGUGCCGAGGCAAAGCCUGCUGCGACGCCGAAGAGGCGCGCCAAGGCCAAGGCUAAAGGCAAGUCCCAGGGUGACGAGGAGUGA